AUGCAGGCAGAUGCAGGACGCAGGGAGUCGCGUCCCGAACCAUUGUCUGAAAGUGAAAAACGUCAUUUCAGCAAGUAUGGAAAAUUCUCGCACAGAAAAUUGGUUGACUUUGAGGGCCGGGCCACACUUUCCUGUGGCGAUAAUGCGCGUUCAGCCACUGUAAGUGACGCUAUUCAGCCUCGGGAAGCAAGUUUGCGUCAAGAUAGAAGCUCUCGAUCCGGUACUCCUGUCUUUAAUGCUGAUAGUCUCCACAAUGGGGCUGUCGGGGAUGCGUACAGAAAACUUUCCACCACCGAAAAACGUCUUUUGCAACCAACAAAGUCCAGUGUACAAGAUGCCACAAUCAAGGAGCAGCGUGUCAAGUUUGUAUCCGAGGAAGAUGCUUCCGUCCUGUUUCCAUUUGAUUAG